AUGUCAGUUCAAAUCUUCAACGAACAGGCAACCGAAGAAAGGGCCGAAAAUGCCCGUAUGUCAGCCUUUGUAGGUGCCAUUGCCGUAGGUGAUCUUGUGAAAUCAACACUUGGACCAAAAGGUAUGGAUAAAUUAUUACAAAGUGCUUCAAAUCCCGAUUCAUCUAUCGUUACCAAUGAUGGUGCUACGAUUUUGAAAUCUAUCCCAUUUGAUAAUCCAGCUGCGAAAGUAUUGGUUAAUAUUUCGAAAGUUCAAGAUGAUGAGGUUGGAGAUGGGACUACUUCUGUAACUGUUUUAACUGCUGAGUUGUUGAGAGAGGCGGAAAAAUUGAUUGAGAAGAAGAUUCAUCCGCAAACUAUUGUUGAAGGGUUUAGAAUUGCUCAUAGAGUAAGUGUGGAUGCUUUGGAUAAGAAUGCGGUUGAUAAUGGGAAAGAUAUUGAGAAAUUUAGAGGUGAUUUGAUCAAUAUUGCCAAAACUACUUUAUCAUCGAAGAUUUUAUCCCAAGAUAAAGAAUUAUUUUCAAAUUUAGCUGUGGAUGCAAUUUUAAGAUUAAAAGGUCUGACUAAUUUGAAUAAUAUUCAAAUCAUUAAGAAAGUCGGGGGGAAAUUAUCUGAUUCUUAUUUAGAUGAAGGAUUUAUAUUACAAAAGAAAUUUGGAAUUGGACAAUCUAAAAAAGUUACAAAUGCAAAGAUUUUAAUUGCAAAUACUUCAAUGGAUACUGAUAAAGUUAAAAUCUUUGGUGCAAAAUUUAAAGUUGAUUCAACUUCAAAAUUAGCUGAUUUAGAAAAAGCUGAAAAACUUAAGAUGAAAAAUAAAAUUGAAAAAAUUAAACAAUUUAAUAUUAAUGUAUUCAUUAAUAGACAAUUAAUCUAUGAUUAUCCAGAACAAUUAUUUACUGAUGCUAAAAUAAAUUCAAUUGAACAUGCUGAUUUUGAUGGAAUUGAAAGAUUGGCAUUAGUUACUGGAGGUGAAGUUGUUUCUACUUUUGAUAAUCCCGAAAAUGUUAAAUUAGGUUAUUGUGAUACCAUUGAAGAAAUCAUAAUUGGUGAAGAUGUUUUCCUCAAAUUCUCCGGUGUUGCAGCUGGUGAAGCAUGUACAAUAGUUUUAAGAGGUGCUACCGAACAAGUUCUCGAUGAAGCUGAAAGAUCCUUACAUGAUGCAUUAUCGGUAUUAUCACAAACUACAAGAGAAACCAAAACUCUUUUAGGUGGUGGAUGUGCAGAAAUGUUAAUGGCCAAGGCUGUUGAUCAAGCUGCUGCUAAUGAAACGGGUAAAAAAGCCUUGGCUGUUGAAGCAUUUAGUAGAGCUUUAAGACAAUUACCUACUAUAUUAGCUGACAAUGCUGGAUUUGAUUCAAGUGAAUUAGUAACUAAAUUAAGAGCUGCUAUUUAUAAUGGUAUUUCAACUUCUGGUUUAGAUUUAAAUAAGGGUAUUAUUGCUGAUAUGAGAGAAUUGGGUAUUGUUGAAUCAUAUAAAUUAAAAAGAGCAGUUGUUUCAUCUGCUACUGAAGCUGCUGAAGUAUUAUUAAGAGUUGAUAAUAUUAUUAGAGCAAAACCACGUACUGCUGAUAGAAAUCAUUAG